AUGUAUCCAACUCGAAUCGACCUGUUCAAGGGACAGCCGGCAAUAUCCAUGCUCCCAGUCAACCGACUCAAGCAAGCAUCCAGUGUCGCCCUAUCUGACGAAACAAUAUUCGGAACCGGUCUGGAAUAUGGCCCAAACGAAGGCCAUCUCCCUAUGAGAAAGAACAUGGCCGAAUGGCUCACCAGGUUUUACAACCCCUCACAACCAAUCCCCACAGACCGUGUAUGCAUCACAGGCGGCGCAAGUCAGAAUCUAGCUUGUAUCCUGCAAGUAUUCACAGACCCAGCGCAAACAAAGAAGAUCUGGCUCGUUGAGCCAACCUAUCAUCUUGGAUUUCGAAUCUUCGAGGACGCCGGAUUCAUGGGUCGAUUGCGUGGUAUACCCGAAGACGAAGAUGGGUUGGACGUUGCCGCGCUAGAGCGUGCUUUGGAGGCAUUUGAGCAGGAACAUCCGACUCAGAACGACACGGUAUACAAGACUGAAAGACCACAUGGGAAGAUAUACAAACAUGUUAUAUAUUGUGUUCCGACAUUUUCGAAUCCCUCAGGAAAGACAAUGCCUCGGGCCCGACGAGAGUAUCUUGUUCGGGUUGCACGCAAGUUCGAUGCUCUCGUCGUGGCAGAUGAUGUAUAUGAUUUCCUUACCUGGGCCAAUGCGCAUUCCGGGGAUUCGAGUCUCGCACGUCUCGUGGACAUAGAUCGUGUUCUGGACGAUGGGCCAUGUGAAUUCGGGAACGUCGUGAGUAAUGGCUCAUUCAGCAAGCUUAUUGGUCCUGGGUGUCGAGUUGGGUGGGCUGAAGGGACAUCGCGUUUCAUCCAUGGUCUUUCCGAAGCUGGUUCCACACAGUCAGGCGGUGCCGCUUCCCAGCUGAUGUCGACAUUCGUGAAUGAAAUGCUAGAGGAUAACUUCCUACCCGAGUAUAUCAGGAAUACUUUGAUUCCCGAAGGACGAAAAAGACAUACACUCCUUGCAUCGGCGGUCAAAGCGCAUCUUGGUCCCUUUGGUGUGACAUUUGCUCCUGAUCCAGAGACCAGUGCACUAGUCGGAGGAUAUUUCAUCUGGCUUCGGCUUCCGGAUACAUUGACGUCGACUCGGGUUUGCGAAUGGGCUCUCCGAACGCAGAACUUGGUUCUGGCUAGCGGUGAGACGUUUGCUGUUCCUGGUGGGGAUUUUCCGGUUGAGUUGCAUCACAGACUGAGGUUGUGUUUCAUGUGUGAGGAUGAAGGGCGGCUAGUUGAGGGGGUGGAGAGGUUGGGGAUUGUGAUACAGGAUAUACUGGGAAAUGACCAAAAUCAAGGUUGA